GAGUGAACCAAAAAAAAGAAAAGAAAAAAGAAAAAAAGAAAGAUGGAGAUGGUGGCUUGGGCCAUACUUAAUAAAAGGAACAUCUAAAACACGUUGAUGUGGCUGCCUGCAUUCCUUAUUAUCCAAGGUGGAGCAUCGUCAUUGGCUGGCUUCUUGAGUUGGGUCCUUAUAUGUUAUUUAUAUACAUACUUCUAUAUCUACUAUAUAUAUAAAGAUAGUGUAAUUAAUAUUUCAUAUUUGCAAGAGCUAAGGCAUUGUAUAAGAAAUGGGAUGGCUCCAUUCCUUCUUCUCUCCUUUGAAGAAACUAUGGUUUAGCGUCAAUUCUGCUCAAAAGAAGAGAAGAGGGAUAUACAUAUUAUAUGAGGACGUCAAGUCAUGUCCAUACGAAGAUGUGCAAGUUUUAUGGUCUAUACUCGUGGAGUCUCACCCACAUACUUUGCAACUCAAACAAUGAUAAAUCCAUUUCAUUACUCUCUUUUUGGUUCAGAGAGUUCAUACUUCGAAUGAUCAUGCUCGAGGUCGAAACGAAGAAGAAAUUUCUUAAUGGCAUGAUUCAUAUAUCUGUUUUCUCUCCUCACUUAAUGUACAUAUAAUAUAAACACAGAGACUCUCUUUCCCAUAUUGUUCUUGUUCUCUCUCUCUCGCGAUUUGCAACUAUAUACAUAUAUUUAGAUGUAUAGCGUAUAUACUA